AUAGUCCCUCCGCGUCCCGAGUGAAGUUAGCUAUGCUUUUUGCACUUUCUGUACUCGAUCAUCGCUGUGCUCUGCGACUGUUUUAUAGUAACCGAAGAAGUUAUUUAUAUCGUGAUUGGAAGCAGAUGUAACAUCGACAAAUUUGCAUCUUAUCUUGAAGGAAAACCGAUUUAACGGCUUGAUUGGAAGAAUGGCAGGAGUUAACGGUGCUUUAAUUUCGAGGAAUUUGCGACAAUUAACAUUUGGAAGAUAUAAACAUCUGACAGGUCCCAUACGUUCUUUCUCGUCCAAAGACACGGAUAAAGCCGACGAGGGUCCAAGAUUACGUGAGUUUCGAAAGAAAUUACGUGAGCAAACUCCCAUAGAGAAACUGGAGGAGUUGGAGGAGGGAAAACAUCCUUAUCAGGAGAAAGAACCUCUGAAGCCGUUUCCAAACAAUACGAAUCCAGAAACAGGUGAAAUCGGAGGUCCACGCGGUCCAGAACCAACUCGCUACGGUGAUUGGGAAAGGAAAGGCCGCGUCACAGACUUCUGAACGAUGUCAGCUGCAAGGAGAAACUAAACCGUUUGUUCGUAAUGAAUGAUAAUCGCACCGAGUCUAAGUAAAAAAAUACCUUAUCAGUCAAUGUUAAAUCAAUCGAUAUAUCUCUAUCGAUGAAAAACGACAGUUUUGAAUAAAAUACUUUUAUGGUAUUGUUUCUCGUUUUAUGCAUUGUACUGUCUUAUUCCGGGAUAGAAAGGACUGUGCACACAUGGACAUACAUUUUGUACUCUGUAUACAUCUAAUAUGACAGUUGCAAGUAUCUCGACAUGUGACAGUGUUUUAUUAACAAAAUGAAUAAACUAUUUCUAUGUCGACAUUUUUAUAAUUACGGGCGGGUAUAUGUUUCGUGGUGGUUCACAGCAAAACGUCCGUAAGAUGAUUCGGACCAGUCUUAUUCUGACGAAAUGGCAGCCGAGAAGUUACAGACAAUUUGUUACGAGUACGAGCGGCCCAACAUUUCCGAAUAUUCCAAAUUUGCGAGCUUGACACUUGUAUUCUAGCAAAUAUAGACAAUUAUUUUCUUCUUCAUAGCGGAGAAGGCUUGUCGUCUGUCUAUUCUUUUUGUACUAAAAUAUGUAAAAAUUAAACGAGUGAUUUACGUUCAGAUUCUCUGGUGCAAAAAAUGAAGCAAGACAUGGAUAUGUCUACAGAAUACGAGCGAAAAGAAUCACCGCGAAUGAAGCAAUUUCACGAAAAACUCAAGUUGCAGCCGAUACCAAGUACAAGAAAAAGAUUUUGACGCGAUAUCAACUAUUCUUUUACAUUUCUGUAGUUUCCUUUUUCAAUCAGCGUAUAUACGUAGAAUUUUUUCUAUAAUAAUAAUAAUACUAUAUAAUUUACUAUAUAAUUUUAUCAACCAUGUUCUUGAUUGUGAGAUUUCGUAUUGAUUUUUUUCUUGCUUAAUAGAAAUAGGACCACGAGAGCGAUUUGUUGAUCUAAUGUUAGUGGAAGUUGACUCCAAAACCGGGGAACUAAUAGCAGACAGCGAAAAGGAACCUACUAAAUGGGGAGAUUGGCAACAUGGUGGUAGAGUCACUGAUUUUUGAAAUGAAGACGUUGUAUGCUUAUUAUAGACCUUCACAUGAUGCACGUGUAAAGCACAAAGAAGAACUUUGUAUGUGUGUGACUCAACAUCUUUGUUAAUUCUAUACUCCAUAGGAAACGGACUGAAUUUUCUCGGGUAGUCAAUACUAGGCGAAACGAUGUAAAUUAAAAUUAUUUGUCGUAUAGCGAAAUACAGAAUGGAUAACGCCGCAUAUGUAAUGUAGAAAAACAUUUACAUUGUAUGUUUCGGAACAAAAAUUUUAUCUCACGGUGAAUAAAUUAUACUAUACGCAAGAAUGACUUCUUGUCUUCUCGAGCAAUAACAUUGAGGAGAGUUAGUUUUUGCAAAUAACUACAAAUUUAUUAAUGUGUUUGGCAUUAAUUCCACAAAAGAAUUUGGAAAGUCUAGCUCUCUCGCUAUGUUAGUCUACACAAAAAGCUUACAUUAUACAGAUCAUUGGUAUGUUACAUGUAUAAAAAUAUGCAAUAUACUAAAACUCUGCCAGAUACAGUAGCAGCGAAAUUUUUAUUUAGCCAAAACAUAAUAAGUUUCUAGUACUAACACUAAGCCGUUCGUGUAGAAAAAAAGCAGAGCUAACACUACAAACAUAUCAUAGCAAGAGGAUGUAUGUACACCAUUAUUACUAUAGUAAAAAUUUCACUUUGUAUUUGUAACGUUUUGAAAAUUUCUCUGACGAUGUCGAAAAUUCUUAAUAAAAUAAUCUACGAGAUAUUACACGAGAUGCGUGUAUAGAAGAUACACUAUAGGAUUCCAUUCGUUUUUAGCUAUUGCGACAAUAGCAAACAGAUCGUUUGAUUAAUCUCGUUAUCCGUCUUCGAUAUCCUCUGAGAAUAUUAGAGCAGUAUUGAUAAAAUAAAGUGACGUGUUUAUCGCA